AUGGACGAUACUCAACCGUCUGUCCCAGGGCCAAUUUUGCUGUCUUCAUGGCUCGGCGCGAAUUCGACUGAUUUGAAACCUCCGAUCAAUAAUAAGUGUUUAUACUCGGGCAAAGACUUCAUCUUGAUGGCUGUCGGGGGACCGAAUACAAGGAAUGACUAUCAUAGUGAGUUUGCUCCCAAGGAGUGGUUCUAUCAAAUCAAGGGCAACGUGCUGCUGAAAAUCAUCGACAACGGGCAAUUCCGAGACGUCAUGAUUCGCGAAGGGGAGACAUUUUUGGUCCCUGGGUAUACUCCCCACUCACCCCGGCGCUAUAAAGAUACAAUUGGCCUGGUAAUGGAACGAACACGCUCGCCGAAAUGCAUUGAUCGCAUCAGAUGGUAUUGUGAGAAUAAUGAGGCCCAUGGGGGUCGCCCCACAGUGAUACGGGAGGAGUCCUUUUACUGCGAGGAUAUCGAAACGCAGAUCAAGGAAGUCGUGAGGGAUUGGAUGAACAAUGAAGAAAGUCGGAAAUGUGGGCUAUGCGGGACGACUGCGCCAGCGCACUGA